CCCAACCCAUUCCCAGGUGAAUUGGGUUCGCAAGGCACUGAGGUAAGAAAGACAAAAAGGUGAGUUUCGUGUCUCACACCCUCAUCACCAGAGAGGAACAACAAAGAAAGCAUUUUGACAAGUUGUGGACUGGGAUCCCUCUUCACUGGAUAGGGACCCUUUCCUGUCUAGGCAGGAUGGAGCAGUGCAUGGUGAAGCCAGAUGUGAAAAGAAAUCAACAGAAACAGCCUUUACCUCCACCGAAGCCUGCAAAGGAGGCCAACAGGAACUUGAUCCAGACAGAGACUAGAGGGAAACAAGCCAGAACUCCAGUGGUUCCAUCCAGAGUUAGACCCACUGCAAAGGAACCAAAUGUUAUGGCCAGACACAGCAGUCGCAAGAGAACACAGGCAGAGCACAUAAAGGGCUCAACAGAAAUGGACAUUUCACCGAUUAAGGCCUCUGAUCCCCGAGAAGAUGAGACCGACUUAAAGCGGGACCAAUUUGGGGGUCUUGGUGGAAUGUUUCAGAAAUUACAAAAAGAGCCAACCCCUACCUUUACAAGCUACAUGUCAGAUAACGAGAAGCCUGAAGAGCCCACCCCAGAAAAGGAGCAGUCCUCUGAGAACACCAAGAUGAGGCUGAGUCAGGCCAAACAAGACAAAGGAGGACUGAUGGGUGGAAUGUUCCGGAAGGCAACUAAAGACAAACUCUCUUCUCCUUCACUGACGGACAAUCUCUCAGUUCCCAGUGAGCUUUUAGCCAGCAACAACAGUCUCUCUGACAACAACAACAUCAAAUUCCAGGAGAAGGGAAAGGAGAUCUUCAGUGGAAUGUUCAAGAAGUCUUCCAAACCUGUGGAAGAACCACCUCAAGCAGAAGAGGACCAGCAGUCACUACACAGUGAGCUCUCAGCCAGCAAUGACUGUCUCUCUGACAACAACAACUCUAAGGCAAAAGGAGGACUUUUCAGUGGAAUCCUCAAAAAAUUCCCCAAAGCUCCUCGAGAGGGCACACUUGCAGAGGCAUUACACAGUGAACAUUCAGACAGCAAUGACAGUCUUUCUAAAAACAACAGUAAAGAGAAAGGAGGCACAUUCAGUGGAAUGUUCAUAAAAUCUCCCAAGCCUGCUGCUGAUGCUUCUCAACCUGAGGACAAGCGGUCAUUACAGGGUGAGCUCUCAGCCAGCAAUGACAGUCUGGCUGACAACAGCAACCCUAAGGAGAAAGAAGGGAUGUUUAGUGGAAUCCUCAAGAGAAAAACAAAAGCUCCUGCAGAUGGAACACCUGCACAAGAAAACCUCUCUACACGUUACGAGCUCUCAGCCAGCAAUGACAGUCUGUCUGAGAACACCAAAAGUAGGGAAAAAAAGGGUCUAUUCAGUGGAAUCCUUAAAAAGACCCCCAAAGCAUCUGGAGAUGAAACACCUGUGCAGGACAAUCUUGCAACAUGCAGUGAGCUCUCAGUCAGCAACAACAUCCUUUCUGAUACCAACAACACCAAGGAGAAAGGAAGUUUAUUCAGUGGAAUGUUCAAGAAAUCUCCUAUUCCUGCCGAUGAAGGCUCUCAACAAGAAGAGGAGAGAAGUAAAUUCAGUGGAAUGUUCCAAAAAUCUCCUAAACCUGCCGAUGAAGGCUGUCAACCAGAAGAGGACAAGCGGUCAUUACACAGUGAGCUCUCAGCCAGUAAUGACAGUCUCUCUGACAACAACAACCCUAAGGGUAAAGGUAUAUUCAGUGGAAUGUUCAAAAAGGCUCCUAAAAAAGCUGAAGCCUCGCAAGCAGAAGAGGAUUCAGAUUUGGGAACAGACUGUAAUGACAACCUCUCAGAAAGCAAGGAAAAAACAGCGAUUUUGGGACUUACUGGGAUUUUCAAAAGGGCUCCAAGACCAUCGCCAAAGCCAUCCCCACGCUCCACUGUUGAUAAGGACCCUCUUACUGAGUACGAGGAACUCUCUGCCAGCAAUGACAGCCUCUCAGACUUCACCACAAUUAAGGAAAAUCUCUCUGCACAAAUAGAACUCUCAGCCAGCAAUGAUAGUUUUUCCGACACUACAACCACCAGCAAAGAGAAAAAAGGAGGGUUUGGCGGAAUCUUCAGGAGAACUCCAAAACCUUUCGAGCAACAGGACAGUAUGGACACAGAGCCACCUGUGAGAGGUAAGCUGAGGCGCCAGAGGACAAUCAAGAUGAAGAGACGGGUUGUGUCAUUCCAAGUGAAAAGAACUCUCCAGAGGAUUCCAAAAUGUACUGCUGCUCGGGACUCUGAUAAGGAGCAUGUGGAGCUGCAAGGGGUGGCCACACUGCAGGAGAGCACAGUGGAGAUCCAGCCUGUGGAGAUGGCCGCAUACCCCACUGACGGAGUCAACCUUCUGGAGUCUGAAGAGGAGAGUGACGGCCUGUUGGACUGGUGGAGAUCAGUCGAAGGUUGGGAGCAAUGGAAUGAAACGUCCCAUUUCCAAGAGGAUGAAGCAGAUAUGGUGGUGGAGCAGGUGGCUGACCGUGUGUUCAUGGCGGCUCGGCUGUUUGUGCGUCUCUUCAACCAGCGGGGAGCGUCACUGCAGGGCCGUAUCCUGGAGCUGCUGGCCCAGGCCGACGCUGCCGACCAGUUCCACAAGAGGACGGUGACGGCCGCUGUGGGGGGAGGCGUGGCCAGUGUGUGUGGCAGUGUGGCCACCAUCACUGGCCUCAUCCUUGCCCCCUUCACCUUUGGAGCCUCCAUCAUCGUCACCGCUGUAGGCAUCUCUGUGGCGACCGCUGGAAGCAUCGCCUCGGCAACGGCCAACAUCACUGAUACAGUGCACUCCAACAUGGACUGCAAGAAAGUGGAGAAGAUGAUCCAGGGCUACCAGGAGGAGAUCAAGGAUAUCAGGGAGUGUAUGGAGUUUGUACAGGAAGGUAUGGAAGCUCUGCAGGAGGGGAACUUUGAAAAGUACACUGAGAGUGCAGCCAAGAAGGCUCUGAACCACAACAUAAAGCACGUGAUGAAGGAGGGGGGGCGGGCCGGAAAGAAACUGAUGAUCAACACAGACAAGCUCAUCAGCACCGUGCAGGUUCUAGGCGUGGCAGGGGGGGCCGCCAAAGCUGUUAAGGCCAUCAGCGUUACCACAGGUGUCAUGUCCGCUCUCUUCCUCGCACUUGACGUCUUCUUCCUCGCCAAGGAUUCCCAUGAGCUGCGCAAGGGCGCCAAGACAAAGUUCGCCUCCGAGAUCCGAGAGAUGUGCAAGGACCUGCAGGACGGGCUACUGGAGCUGAACAAGGUGAAAACCCAGCUGCAGAAAACCAUGGAUGGGAUCGAGCUGGAAGAGUACGAGGAGGAGGAGGAAGUGGAGGUGGAAGUGGAUGAUGACCUGGAGUCAGACCCAGUUAAACUAGCUCAGCUGGAGCAAGAGCUGGACCAGUUAGAGGAGAAGUUGGACAAGAAGGUCCAGGAGGAACAGAAAUGGAAUAAAAGCAAGGAGGAGGCAGAUAAGAGUGAGGAAAGGGAAAUUAAGGAGGAGAAGAAUACUAAAAAGAAGGAUGGUAAGAAAGAGAAGGCGAGACCUAAAAGUAAAACAAUCGAGUUGGGGAAGUUGUGUGAGACUGAGAAAGUGGAGAUGGAGAAAGAGUGGACGACUGAGAGGGGAGACACUAAUGGUAGUGUGAAAGGUGAUAAUAGCAGCGUUCAGAAUAAAAAAGGGUCUGAGAAAGGAAAAAUGAAAGAUAAAGGAAUGGAGAGUAGAAACACCAAUGAAAAAGGAAAUGUUGAGGGCAAAAAAGAGAAAAGAAAUGAUAGAGGCAGUAGGAAUGAGGAGGGUGAAGAAAAGGCAAGAAAGACUGAAAAACAAAAAGGUAGAGGGAAUAAAAAUGAGCCAGCUGAUACAAAGAAAGGGAUUUCACAUGAAAAUGUAGAGUCUGAAAGGGGGAAGAGUGAAAGAGUGAAGGAACAAAAAGCAGCUGGAUUGGAGACUAAGAUGAGGGUGAGGGAAACUUCAGAAAGAGGAAACGCAAGCAGACAUAGCAGCAAGACUGACAAAGAGCAAAUCCAGAAGAGGAGUCAGAGGGAGAGAGGCAGUAGAGAUGAAAUACCAGAGAUUGCUCCAGGGAGAAGACGCAGUAAAGAUCUGAAGUGUGGGAGCAUAACUGAAACAGGUGAGAUGGAGAGAAUGAGUAAGACUGAAAGGGGUGGGGUAGAGAGGGGGGUUAGGAACUGGAGAGCAGAGAUGGAUAGGGGAAGUAAAGAUAAGUACAGUGUUGACUUAAAGGGAGACUCCGAGAGGGGGAAGACAAAAGAGGAAUCUGAGGUGAAAAGAACGAGUGGGGUUGAGAGAGGGACAGCUAAAGGGACCUCUAAGGAGGAAGGAGUGAUAGAAAGAAUGUCCAGGGGGGAAAACAAAGACAGGGAGUUGGGGUGUAAGAGGGAAAGAGCUGAGGAAAAGCGUGGGAGUAAGAUUGAGAAAAUGCAAAGAAAAUUUGAAAGUGGUAGGGAGGGGGGCAUCAGAAAUGAAGAUGAGGUGGUUCAUCAGAGUGAAAGGGACAGGAAGGAGGGUGAUGUUGAAAGGAACAGGAGAGAUGGUGAUGCAGAGCAGAAGCCUCUCCGCCAAGGCUCUCGUCCACGCUCCAAAGCCAUCUGCCAAUUUUACAUCUGAUGCAUUAUUAACUGAGUACUUAAAGAAGUAUUCUAAAAGGGAUUAACCUAGUGUUUGGUUUUAUAUUAUUUACUUAGAGACAUAUUGAGACAAAGACAGUCAUUGUGUUUUUAAUAUUUGAAAGAGCAAUGGAACUCAAAUGUGCCUUUUUAUACACAUUUUUCAUGACAAAGUGAUUUUUUAAACUUUUUUUUUUUAAACAAGGUCACUGUAAAGAUUGUUGUAUGAAAAUGAAUUUCUCGUGGACAGAUAUACAUAAACAAUUGUCUGGAAGGAAUGGGAUGUAAGGAAUAACAAGCAGCAGAAGUUCCGGUGUUUGGGUUUUUUGUCACUGGUUAUUUGGACAAAUCACGAUUUCGCAGGUGUUAGCAUGUUUAGAAUUUCGGAAGUGGAGUGGACUUUCGGCCAUUACUUUCAAAGAGGGUGGAGAUCCUUGUUCCGCUCCUCAUUCUAGCAUCUCUUCUCUUAACAUGUAUGGACCUAGAAUUGAAUCGAGCGCCUGACCAAAUGCUGGGGACUUUAGUUCUCGGUUAACCAACAUUAUAUGAACAAAUCGCUGUCCAAAAGCUGGUAGCCAUGCAUACAGAUGUCAAUUAACUCCAUAGGAAGAGUCACACUGACUCAAAGCACUUUAUAAAACAAUGGCUGCUGCUCAUGGGGCCGAUUCUGACCCGAAUUAAGCGCACAUAAAUGGAACGCAAUUACUUUUUUUAUGCACUUUUCUCUCUAUGCGUAUUCUGACCUAAACUUAAGCAAGAGAAAAGCAUGCUAUUCACCCGCUAUUUGUUCGGGGUGGAGAUCUAAUAAAAUGGAGGUGUGGCAGAGGUGUGUCAACAGAGACGCCAUAUUCUGCCUGUUUCAAGUGGAAAAAGCAUCUACUUAUUUUUUUAAAAUACAAAUAACAGCAUUCUCCUUGCAGUGUAAUACAUACAUUGAUAAGAGCUAUGUAAGUGAGUAAUCCGUUUGGAGAAAGGGAUUGCAAAUACACAUAGCAAUUGUUUUAGAUCAUUCAUCGUUAUGAUCCCUGGAGAAGAACGUGAAACCAGUCAUAUGGAAGAAAACUGAAAAUCAUAUCAACAUGACAUGUAUUGCGGCACCUUUUCCAAAGUUUAGUAGGCUAUAAAUAGCUGUACCGUUAUUCUGAAUUUUAAUUGUGCACCCUCAUAAUUUGCGUAGAUGACAUUUGGAAAUCCAAGCUAUAGGCUUCUGUGCUGAACCUGACGAUUUGAUGAAUGCGCUUUCUAAUGUUUGAAUUGUCUGCCCGGGCUUUUCUAUGUUUUAUUUGACAAUUUGUAUCAUGUUAAAUAUUAUCCACUAUUGGGAGCCACCACCAGUAAUACCCACAUACAUUUAUAAAUGUCACUUUAGUGUUCUUUUUCUUCAAUUUGUAGCUUACAUUUUGCAUCAUUCCAUUCCGUUCCGUUUACGUUUCUUUCCUCUGUCACGUCUGUGGAGUUGUUCCUGAGGGUCGCUAGCAUUAGUGGAUCAUAUUAGGCUAAUGUGCAAUGAUUUGGGACAUGUAGCCUAUUUGAAUCAUAAUGGAACUCAGACCAUACGCAGCAGGUUAAACCUGGAGCCUGGCACACGGUUCACGACGACUGGACCGGUCAUACAGUUCCAUGAUUAGUGAGGAAUAGGAUAGCUAUAAUUAUUGUUCAUUCCUUAUUGUGCACUUUUCCCCACCUUCCAAUAUUUCAUGGAUUGAAUAUGACAACUUUCAAGAUGUAUUUUUGAUUCAUCAAUACAUUCUGUGCGUAAAUGUUCUCCAAACCUGUUUUUUUAAUGAUUCAUACAUACUUUCUUAACCCUAAAAUGUGUCUAAAUAAUCAGAGUAUUUUUAAAUCUACCAGUUGGUGCUGAAACGGAGACGAAUACGCAUAUAUUUAUAUGGCUUUCUUUUAUUGAUCUCUAUAUUCUAAACCCAUUCUCAAUGUAUUCUAGUCAGUCUGUUGACAGAAUUUGAAUUUAAAAAGGUACACUGUAUUUAAAGGGAUGGCUUAACAUGAAUGUAGGUUACUGAAAAUCCUGUUGAAUGAAAACUCCACGAGAAAAUCUGUUGACCAGGAAGUGAGAGGGAUUUCAGCAGUUGAAUUAACCUUUUCAUGGGCGAGUUACAAAUAUCUUCAGCGUGAGUUUUUUUAUGCACGUGAUGUCAGAAUGCACUCACUAGCUUGGUUUCCAACCAAUUGGCAACAGUUUUUCAUUCAAAAUCAGUAUAAAGAAAAUAUGCGCAUUUUCCCACCGGUGGUGUUUCUACCAAAUGGACUUGUUAUGGAUAAAAAUCAGUGCGUGAUGACGUAGUGCAGACGAAAUUUACUUUUUUUGCUUAAGUUUUCAUGUACUGAAUAAAAAUGUAAAGUUCCAUGUG